UACCAUCAUACAAUACCCCUGUGUGCAUCGUCCUGUGUGACCUUGACACUCCUCGCAUCUCUCCUUCUCUCUGCUCGCUGCCAUACCGGACACGAUAUCAGCUUACCGCGGGUCGUCAUUGGCAGCUAGCCUGCACGCCCUGCCACGUGCCUGCACACUUCCAAGUGCAUCACAGGGCUGGAGAGGGGUAGCCUGCUCUGACCUACAAUGGACCGUCAUGAGGGCAUAUAUAAGCCAGGCGAGUCGUCAAAGUCUGUCAACUCUCAGUCACAGGGUGGAAGUACUCCACGAGUCGGGCCACAACAUCAGCUCUCACCCAAAUCCAACGCCGACAACAGCGGGGUAGAGGCAGAUUCGAGCAUCGUCUCCGGAAGAUCCAGCGGCGACUAUUCCUACGAUGACGAAGAUGACGAUAUACCCGAUUCCGAGCUCAACGAGCUGGAGACUUCCAUGAGGCAAAGCCAGAGCAUUGAUGACUUUGCCCGCCUCAUCACCGAAUUCCGUCAAGAGAGGAGGAGGAGAAGCCUUGAGCCUCGCUCGCCUCAAAUGCAGCGGCGGAGUCAGCAGCUAGAGGUACCCAAUGGCACCCCAGGAGGUAGCAGCUUCCUCGGUCAUCUCUUGCAAAAUGACUCGAGGAAGAGUAGGAAAGGCGAUGCAAGACGGAGAAGCAGGACUCUAAGUCAAGCAGGGAGUGAAGAGGGAGGGGCUAGUCCAAGGAGAAGCUUGGACGUUUCAGAUGCAAUCAGUGUAGCAAGCAGCAGAAGAGAUUCAUGGAGGCCGUCAGAUCGCUGUACCUGCUGCUGUGGCCUGGAAAGCUGCGAGCGUGCGACGAGAGCAACUACAGAGUGGGCGGACAUGGAGCAGGAUCUCAAGCUUGCAGCUGAAAUCGGACAGGCACUGCUACGGCGCAAUGAUGUCCUUGCAGAGACAGCGACAGCUCAAGAUACUCGGCAUGCUAGCCAAGUAGACUCACUGAUGAGGCGGCUCACGAAGAGCAUCAAAGAAUCCGACGCAAUGAGUAAAGAGCUCGAGCAGACGAGUAUGAAUCUAGAAGCAGCAGAUAGCAGCAAUAGAGCUCUGCUCUCCGAGCUGGAAGAAAGUCGGAGAGACCUGGCAAAGAUCAAGACAGAGAGAGCCAGGCUGGUAGCCAUGGAGGAGCGCUCCCAGAAGAUCUCAAAGUGGCUUGAGGAUGCUCGACAAGAAGUGCAAGUCGAAAGAAGGAAAACCGCUGCUGCAGAGGCUAGGGCCAAACGCUCAGCAGAAAAGGUAGCAAGUCUGAGUGAGAGCAUUAAGCAAGCUGCAAGCGCUUCCAAGACCGAGGCGAGCAGCAUGGAGGCCUUAAUGAGGGCAAGGGCUCGAUUGAGGCAAGAGACUCUGGAUGCUACUUCCGAAUCAUCUCAAGCGCAGCAGGAUGAUACCCUCAAGACGCUUGAGGGGUUGGCUAUGGAGAACGAGGCUCUGCAACGUCAGGUGGAGCAGACGACGCUACUGCUCCAGGUCGCGAAUGAAGAGAUCUCGACGAUGCGCGAGGCAGAGCCCACACGCCCGACUCAUACCCGCACAAUGAGCAGGAGGCACAGGUCCUAUGGCUUUAGCGACGCAUACAGAGGACCCUCCUCUGGUGCUACGCACAAGACCGGCGAAGGCGGCUCCGAGGAAGGCGAUGAGGAAGUUCACUCUCGUCUCAUCCACUCUCCCCAGCCGACUACUCCAAAUAUGGCGGAGGAGCUUUGCGGCGAAGGUGAAGAACUGUUCGCCAGCCAGCAAGCUGCCCGUCGUUCCCUGUCAAUGCCACCGCGAGCACCUAGCCGCGGGUCUGCUAUCAGCGUCCCGCCUUUCGAGAACCCGGCAGCCGAUCAGAGAUACAGUCCUCGACCUCCUCACGCCCUCCUUCUCUCUCCCAACCUACCGCAUAGCGAGCUGCCUCCUUCCGGAAGGAUAACGCCGACUUCCUCGAGCUCGGAAGCCCAGAGGAUUCGAGCGGCCUACAUGGCUAGCGCAGCCGGAGCGUCCUCCACGACUUCAGUCGAGGAGACCGUUGCAUCUGCCUCACAGCCUUCGCAGCCGAGACGAGAGACUCGGACAAAUCAGCUGGUUACGCUUCUUGAUUACGUUCAAAGACUCGUCAGCCGUCUCAGCAAUGCGGACGUCGACACAAUGGCGAAGCGAUUGCAGCGGCAGCAUCUCGCCGGAGACGUGGGUCAUCUAUCCAGGGUGACAAUCAAUGCAAUCACAAGGGACGCCGAAGGCAUGAGGGAGCACUUCAGGAAGCUUAUUGAGGCAGAAGCUCGAAGUGCCCAGGCUACGCUUGGCAAAGACGAUGUCUCGCUCCAUUCAGCCGGCGAUAACGCGGCCGCGGUGGAAUCACUCGUGUCGAGGAAGGAAUUCUUCGCUCUGAUCAAGCUGCUGCGAGACACGCUUUUCGAGGCUGCUAAGCUUCGCAAUGCGAUCAACGAGGUGCAACUGGCUCCUGGCAAUGCGGCGAAGAUCCUGCAAGAGCAGCUCGGCGCAGCCACUCCUCAAGAGGACAAGGGAAUGGGAGCAUGGCUAGGUGGAUUGCUGAGGGGUGUAGCAGGAGGUGCGGUGCCGGCCUCCGCGGGGAGUGGAAGCGCAGUCACUGCACCAGGUACAAAUCCUGCCCCAGUGGUAUCUCCAGGCCCUGCUCCCAGUGCUUCCGCCGUCGGUGCAGCAGGCAGUAGACCCGCUCUCGGCCGUGCCGUCAGUCGUGGAGGAAGCUCUGCACCCAAUCCUGGCGCAGCUCGACCUGCUUCAAGGGCUUCCGCUGCCGUGCUCUCAUCAACUGUUGCUGUAGAGUACAAGGUCACGCGAGCGUCUAGUGCUGCCCCUCACACCCAUAGCAUGGACUCAUCUGGCCUCGAGACUCAUUCUCCACAACAGCCGUCUCCUGCUCCGGUAGGAGGAGCAGAAGCCCGACCACAGGUCGGCCGUGCUGGCAGCGGACUGUCCAAAAUGCAAAGCCGUAAUCUGAACGGUCUCUUUGCUGGAGCGCCUGCCGAUGGUUGGGCCAUGGUCAACCCGAGAUUAUCUGCUGUGCCGGCGCGGUACAACAGUCAGCAGCCGGCAACGUCUACUUUGGGAGGCAUGAGGCCCAUGCAGGGUGUACAGGACAUACAUCGACCCUUGUCGAGAAUCGUCGACGAUGAUGAGGUUAGCAUCCGCCAGAGCAAGCCAGCCUGGGAAGGUGACGCAGCUGCUGGUGGCUCGGACGACGAACAAAGCGGGACCAAAGCAGUGGUGCGACCCAAAGGUCUUCGACCGAGGGGUCUGUCGGACAGCUCUAUUCGCUCCACAUUCAUUGACCACGAGAAUGACUCGAAGAACCCGAUGGACAGCCGCAAUGUUGGUCUGGGCAUCGCCUCUGCAACAAGCAAGCGGACAUCCCCGGCUGCGAGGAUCAUGAAUCGCUCGACGUUGGCAUUGCAGCCAGCAGCCGUGAUAGAUUCCUCCGCCAGUCUGGAAGCUGCUCUUGGGAAGCCAAGUAGUCAGGCUGAUCCCCAAGCUCAACAGCGCACUCGCAGUGGCGGAGGUGGAUUCCUUGCAGGGCUUGGAAGUACUUUGGGCUUGACAAGGCAGCCAUCGCAUUCAGCAUUGAGCCGUGCCGCUGCUACUGCUCCGACUGCGACGACAGCCUUGCCUGCCACUGCAUCGUCAUCCAAGCAAGACAUGCUCGAGAUACCGACUCCAGCCCUCUCCAGCGUAAGCGCCGUGGCCGUGCCUGCUCGUCCGUCAAAGGAGCGCAGCGCCACUGGCCCUCUGCUCUCGCCUUACGGCACAUCUCCCGCUGCUGCUGCAAUGGCAGCUGCCAUUUCCCCAUCUGGGAGGAGCGCGAGUGGAUCAACGGCUUCUUCCUCUGCAGUGGGUCGAGAGACAAGCUCCGAUAGGGAUCGGGACCGAGAGCGGGAUCGCGAUCGACCUCUGGCGAGCGUGUUGGCCUACAGUCGCAUGAUGGGAAGUGGUUCUUCGAAGUGGGGUGGCGAAUGAGCGGCACAGUGAUCCUUUCAUAUCUUCCUAUCUUUAUGCCAAAUUCUGAUCCCAACUGGGGCAUCUCGACGUUGCUUGCUGUGCUCGUACCAUACCUUAUAAUAAUUCCAGAGCAUCUUGGCGUCAUACGCGCCACGCUCCCGCCAGAAGUUGCUCCACCGCGCGCUGGCUGAGAAACCC